AUGAGCCUGCCACGUUCUUCUCACUUGACAUCGAGAAAACGAAAACCUGCAUGUGCAGGAGGCAGUAUUGCGAUGGACCUUGACAGAAAAGAUCCUAAACACCACUCAACCAAGGGCACUAGGCCUGAAGCCAGACGGACCGCAAAACGCUCUAGAUCUUCAUCCACAGCUACUAGUUCUAGGAGCUCCGGGGCCGACUCAUGUGCGUCUCUCUCACAAUCUGCAGCGAAGGAGCCGGGCCCGCUGACUACAGAUCACGUCGAUGAGCUAACGGAAAUGAUUCAAUACAUCAAGCUCGAAGAGAAGAGGACGCCUUCUCAAACGAGAGCUGCGAACGGACUUUCGAUUAGUGAUGCCAUCACCAACACUCUGCGACAAGAGCAAAAUCCGCGGCGGUGCAUUUUGAUCUUCCACAGCUGCAUCAAACAUCUACUUGACUGCCAACGCACAUCAGGUGGAUCGUUUAGCAAGGAAGUUCGAGUGUUGGAAGAUUGGAUCGAGCGAAUGGAGAAGGAGAUCAGAGACGAAAGGGCGAGGGAGACGAUGCCAAGCUCGGGGUGUUGA